UAUGAUGAAUGGGGUAACAAGGCUCACGCCAUGGCCGUCGCCGCUGCUAUGAGUAACUGACGAGUGACGAGUUUGAGCAUGAGAGCCCAAACCCAAGCCCCUCCACGUCCCCAGCACUACCAGCUUCUCCAGAACCCUAUCGUCCGUCCUCCGUCUCAUCCGUCCAUCAUGCACCCACAAACCGUUGCCAUCCCCGACAUGUCCCCGACGGCGAUCCAACAUCUUCAUCAUCAGCCGCCGCCGCCGUACGAUCCCUAUUACCUCCAUUACCAGCAGCCAUUCCAGCAGCAGCAGCAACAGCAGAGCUUGGGGUACAACAACCAAGGAGGUCAAGACAUGCAGCACAUCCGCACCGUCUUCGUGUCGGGCCUCCCUGACGAUAUCAAACCCCGAGAGAUCCACAAUCUUUUCCGCAGGCGCCCGGGCUUCGACUCCUGCCAGCUUAAGUACACCGGCCGUGGCAAUCAGGUUGUUGCAUUUGCUUCCUUUUUCAAUCAUGAGUCAGCAAUGUCAGCACUGAAUGCAUUAAAUGGUAUAUCUUUUGACCCUCAAACUGGAGCUAUCCUACAUAUUGAGCUGGCAAGGUCAAAUUCAAGGCAAAUUUUAUCAUUUUCAGGGGGUGGAGCCUAUGUCGUUAUUGAUAAAAGACUGAAAGCAGCAUCUGAUGCUCAAGACACCUGGAGCAAUGAUGGAGAUGGUGGAUCGGAUGAACCAUCUGGCGAUAAACCUAAUUCCAGCAUCAAGGGUGAUUUAGCUACUGCAGAGAGUGGUGAGACAAGGGUUGACCCUGAUAAUGCUGGAGCUACUGCAAAUCAGGAGCAGUCAGAAAAGACUGUUACAGGAGAAGUACAGUCAUGUUCAACUUUAUUUAUUGCAAAUCUAGGUCCAAAUUGCACUGAAGAAGAACUGAAGCAAGUUCUAACCCAAUAUCAUGGAUACCAUGUACUAAAGAUGCGUGCCAAGGGUGGAAUGCCAGUUGCCUUUGCUGAUUUUGAGGAUACUGAAUGCGCCACCGAAGCCAUGCACAGUCUGCAAGGCAGUAUGUUACCAUCAUCUGAUCGUGGUGGCUUGCACAUAGAAUAUGCAAGGUCUAAAAUGAGGAAAGCUUAGAGGGAAGGACUGCAGAAUAUGAAAAUCUUCCAAGUCUACUGUGCUCAAGAUUUUCCUGAACUUUGUCUGACAUAGGAAUUGCAGUUUAGAACUUGUGACAUUGCACCUUUGAACUUUUACUUCCCAACAAUGGUGUGGAAGUUCAGCUGUGCUUAGUUUAUCUUCUUUUGUUCAACUCAUGUUUUUCAUUUCCAAACCCUGAUAACACCAACAUUUGAUAUUUGCUUUUGGCACUUGUGGAAUAUGAGAAACAAGUUCUUGGCAGUGUUGGCUAGAUGGAAAGCUGAAUGCAGGUAAGCUAGGGUUGGCAGUUGGUCA